AGAGAAGUUAUCUACACCCGUUAAACCUUCUCCAUUUGAAUGCAAAAUCCGUUUAUCAAAAGAAAAACCCUUCUGUAUUUAACAGUCACUGUGGCUGAGCGGAAGUGGAGGAACUGAGAGACAUGGGGUUUUAGGGCUUUGAACUCCAACUCUCAUGGAAGCUCUCAAAUCCUCGGGUUUCGGCAUUUGCCUCUCUGCUUCCUUCUCUCUCCCGAUAAGACCACCCGCUAAGCUCACGCCUUUCACCGUCUGCUCCGCCAGCAAAUGGGCCGACCGUCUCCUCCCCGACUUCCAAUUCACCACCACCGACUCUCUUCCUCUCUCCCCAACCACCGCCACUCUCUCUCCUCCUCCUCCUCAAUUCGCUCCUCCAGAGCGCUACGUCUCCAUCCCCAUUGACUUCUAUAAGGUAUUAGGAGCUGAGACUCAUUUCUUGGGAGAUGGUAUCAGGAGGGCUUAUGAAGCUAGGGUUUCCAAGCCGCCUCAGUAUGGGUUCAGCUCUGAUGCAUUGAUCAGUCGUAGGCAGAUUCUGCAAGCAGCUUGCGACAUCCUAUCCGACUUUACGUCUAGAAGAGAAUACAACCAAAACCUCGUUGAAGACGAGGAAAGUACUAUAGUCACAGAAGUUCCCUGGGACAAGGUUCCUGGAGCUCUCUGUGUCUUACAAGAAGCAGGGGAGACUGAAAUAGUGCUUCACAUUGGAGACAGAUUGCUCAAAGAGAGAUUGCCUAAGUCGUUCAAACAGGAUGUCGUGCUGGCGAUGGCGCUUGCUUAUGUUGAAGUUUCAAGGGAUGCCAUGGCAUUGGAGCUGCCUGAUUUUAUUAGAGGCUGUGAGAUGCUUGAGAGAGCUUUGAAGCUGCUGCAGGAGGAAGGGGCCAGUAUUCUGGCACCAGAUUUACGAGCACAAAUUGAUGAGACAUUGGAAGAGAUCACACCACACUGUGUUCUGGAGCUUCUAGCCUUACCUCUUACUGAUGAGUAUCUGAGUAGAAGGAAAGAGGGUCUUCGAGGUGUGAGCAAUGUUUUAUGGUCUGUUGGUGGAGGGGGAGCAGCAGCAGUUGCUGGAGGAUUCACACGUGAAGAUUUUAUGAAUGAAGCCUUCUCACGCAUGACAGCAGCCGAGCAGGUUAACCUGUUCAUGGCCACCCCUAAUAAUAUCCCGGCUGAGAGUUUUGAAGUUUAUGGAGUGGCUCUUGCUCUUGUAGCAGAAGCCUUUGUGGGCAAAAAACCUCAUCUCAUACGAGAUGCUGAAAAUUUAAUUCAACAACUUCAGCAAGCUAAGAUAGUAAGUCUAGAAAAUUCCAUCUCUUUCUCUCCUCUGAAAGAAAACCGUGAGACAGACUUUGCUCUGGAAAGGGGUCUUUGUUCUCUGCUUGUGGGAGAACUGGAUGAGUGUCGCAUGUGGUUGGGCCUUGAUAAUGAUAGCUCACCGUAUAGAAAUCCAUCUAUUGUAGAGUUUAUUAUGAAGAAUUCAGAGAAUGACAAUGAUAAUGAUCUUCCUGGGCUUUGUAAGUUGUUGGAGACAUGGUUGAUUGGAGUAGUUUUUCCCAGAUUCAGAAACACGAAAGACAUACAAUUCAGACUUGGAGAUUACUAUGAUGAUCCUACAGUUCUGAUGUACUUGGAAAGGCUUGAGGGAGUUCAUGGUUCGCCCUUAGCUGCAGCAGCAGCUAUAGCAAGAAUUGGGGCGGAGCAUGUAAAAGCUAGUGCAAUUCAGGCAUUGCAAACAGUUUUUCCUCUUGGCCGCGGAGAUAAAGUCUUAGAAAAGACAAGUGGAAAGGAAGCAUUGCAGAAGAUGUCUCCUUUUGGUCAUGUAGAUGAGAGUUUGAGACCUGGAGGCGAGAGGAAUGACAUCCUUACGGUUGAAAGUGAGGAGCCUUUGGGAGAGACUGAUCUAGAUGAUUCUCUCCUCAAAGCCAAGGUUCAAAAAGGAAAAGCUGAUGAUAUAUAUGAAGAAGAAUCAAUUACCGACAGAAUCAAAGAUGCUAGUUUGAAGAUUAUUUGUGGUGGUGUGUUGAUUGGAAUGAUAACCUUGGUUGGACUGAAAUCUUUACCAGCUAAGAAUGCUGCUCGCAUCCUUCAUAAGGAAACUGGUUCAACCAUGGAAUCUGAUAUUGGUAAUGUAGGGUCCUUAGUAGAUGAAAGUUCUGAGGAGAAACUACCCAAAAUGGAUGCUAGGUUUGCUGAAGAUAUAGUGUGCAAGUGGCAGAACAUUAAAUCCGAGGCUUUUGGGCCUAACCACCGCCUGGAAAAGUUGCCUGAGGUUUUGGAUGGUCGGAUGUUGAAGAUAUGGAGGGAUAGAGCAGCUGAAAUUGCACAGCUUGGUUUGGUGUAUGACUACACUCUGUUGAAAGUAACCAUUGACAGUGUGACUGUCUCGGCAGAUGGAUGCCGCGCUGUGGUGGAAGCAGCUCUUGAAGAGUCUGCUAGCCUGACAGACACAGCCCAUCCAGAAAACAAUGCCUCAAAUUUCAGAACCUACACGACAAGAUACGAGAUUUCUAGGUCCAAUUCAGGAUGGAAAAUUACGGAAGGAUCUGUGCUCACAUCAUAAUCAGAUAAGUACGUCAUCGGUGUAAAUGUCAUCCAUGUUUUUGUUAGGCCACCUGCCAAUGUAUUAUUUGAUAAUAGCCUAUUAUCGUGUAUUGGUCUAUAUUAUAUGAUCCCAGCCGCUCAGGUCAGCUGGGUUUUGUUUGAUAAUAAUUAUAGUAGUAAUAUCCAAAUUGUUCAUGUGCA